GAUUGACUGCUUCUGAAGGCGGGAAGAUUCUGUCACGCGCUGCACGCGCACCGCUCGGUCUCAUCUCAGUGCGCGUGAACUUCGCUGCACGCGAGUCAUUCACUUGAACUGAUUCACUUCAUGCUCGAACAUCAGCUGUAAGGAUGCAGGUUCGAUUGCUGUUUAUCCUGAUUGUGACAUCAGCACUCCACACACAUGCUCAAGUGUUGAGCCCCAGAAGGCUAAGGUUUAAAGUGUUGAGCCCCGGCGUACUCACUGUGACCUGGAAUAAACCAAAGGGAGAGUUUGACAGCUACAGGCUGGUGUACAGCACUGACUCAGGAGGAUUUGAGCAGGAGGUGUCUGUAAAUAAAAAUGAUCCUAAAGCCGUCAUCCAAGGGUUUGACCCCAGUAAAGAGUACACGGUGAAGAUAACCACUGUUAGAGGAACAGAGGAGAGUAAACCUCUGAUGGCCACAUACACAGGUGUAGGGUCAGAGGUGAGUGAAGUCAGUGUACGUCAGGACCCCAGAGACCCUGAACAUGACAGUCAGACCUCUGAAGUGGACAUCUUUAUGUGUAAAACCCCAGCCAUUGCAGAUAUUGUAAUUCUGGUGGAUGGAUCAUGGAGUAUCGGCCGCAUAAAUUUCCGUCUGGUGCGGAUGUUCCUGGAAAGUCUUGUGAAGGCCUUCUCUGUUGGAUCAGAACAUGUUCGCAUCGGGUUGGCCCAGUACAGCGGUGAUCCCAGGAUUGAAUGGCAUUUACACACUCACAGGACUAAAGAGUCUGUCAUAGAUGCUGUAAAGAAUCUACCUUAUAAAGGAGGAAACACACUCACAGGUCUUGCUUUGACAUACAUUUUGGAGAACAGCUUUAAGCCCGAAUCGGGAUCCAGACCUGAUGUUCCUAAAAUUGGGAUUUUGAUCACGGAUGGAAAGUCACAGGAUGAUGUUCAUUCUCCAGCUCAGAGACUCAGAGAUUCUGGAAUUGAGCUGUUUGCUAUCGGAGUGAAGAACGCUGAUGAGAACGAACUGAGAACCAUCGCCUCUCCUCCAGAAGAAACUCACGUUUAUAAUGUGGCUGAUUUCAGUGUGAUGAGCUCCAUCGUAGAGGAACUCACCAAAACCGUUUGUGAACGGGUCAAUGAUCUUAGCAAAGAGAUCAGCGGUGAGACAGUGCCGUAUUCAACGAGGUCAUUUGAUGCUCCCAGUAAUCUCAUCACAUCUGAGGUCACAGCCAGAAGUUUUCGUGUGUCGUGGACUCAUGCUCCAGGACAAGUGGAGAAGUACAGAGUGGUUUAUUAUGCUACUAAAGGAUCCAAACCUGAGGAGGUGGUGGUAAACGGGGAUGAGAACUCUGUGAUGUUGGACUAUCUGAACUCUCUGACGGAGUAUGAGAUCGCUGUGUUUGCCAUCUACAGCAACUCAGCCAGUGAAGCUCUGAGAGGCAGCGAGACCACCUUGGCAUUGCCGACCGUGAAUAAUCUGGAGCUGUAUGACAUCACUCACAGUACGAUGCGUGUGCGCUGGCAAGUAGCUGAAGGAGCUUCUGGGUACAUGAUCCUGUAUGCUCCUCUGACACGAGGAGAAGCUGCAGAUGAGAAAGAGGUUAAGGUCGAUGACUCUGUGACUCAGGUUGAACUGGAAGGUUUGAGUCCUGAUACUGAAUACACAGUAACUGUUUAUGGGAUGUAUGGAGAGGAGGCCAGUGAUCCCAUGACGGCACAGCAGACCACACUUCCUCUGAAUCCACCUCGUAACCUGCGCAUCACUGACAUCAGUCACAGCUCCGCUAAAGUUUCCUGGGACUCAGCGUCUCGUAAGGUCAAAGGUUACCGUAUUGUUUAUGUAAAAACUGAUGCUGUCGAGACCGAUCAGGUUGAUGUGGGUCCGGUUACCACACUGGUACUACGCAACCUGACUUCUAUGACAGAGUACACCGUUGCCAUCUUCGCCAUCUAUGACGAGGGACAAUCAGACCCACUGACAGACAGCUUCACCACCAGUGUGGUUCCUCUGCCUGUGAAUCUAAGAAGCAGUGAUGUGUCCACUGAUAGUUUCAAAGUCACGUGGCAGCACGCUGCGUCUGAUGUCUCUGUCUACCGACUCAUUUGGAGACCUGCAGCUGGAGGAGAAACUAAAGAGGUUCUCAUUAAUGAUAACUCUAACUGGUACAUGAUCACGGGUUUAAAGCCUCUGACUGAAUAUGAAGUCUCUUUGUCUGGGAUCUAUAGAGAUGAAUCUGAGAGUGAUCAGGUGGAGAUCAUUGAAUCUACAGUUGCCAGAACAACAACAGCUGCCACAACGACCAAAAGCACACCUGCAGCGGUUGUGCGACAGGCUGUCAGGAAUCUUAAGCUGAGUGAUUUGACGACCUUCAGCAUGCGUGUGUCGUGGGAUUCAGCUGGACCAAAUGUGCGUCAGUACAAAGUGUCAUACAUCAGCACAAGAGGUGACCGGGCCGAACAGCUGUCAAUGGUUCCUGCGGGUCAGAUGUCUGCGGUUCUUCAGCCUCUUCUGUCAGACACAGAGUAUCGUGUCAGCGUGUCAGCGGUUUACAGCGACGGAGACGGUCCUGUCCUCACACGCGUCGCACGCACAUUGCCUCUGUCUGCACCCAGCAACCUCCGCGUGUCUGAGGAAUGGUACAAUCGCUUCCGAAUCACAUGGGACUCGUCCUCCUCUCCCACCAUGGGAUACCGGAUCGUCUACCAGCCCAUCUCAGUGUCUGGUCGAGCACUGGAGACGUUUGUAGGUGAUGAUGUCAAUACAAUGUUGAUCUUGAAUCUGCUGAGUGGGACGGAUUACAGCGUUAAAGUCAUCGCCACGUACACUACAGGAUCCAGUGAGGCGCUGAUUGGACGUGCCAAAACACUUUAUCUGGGAGUGAAUAAUCUCAACACAUACCAGGUGCAGGUGACCAGCAUGUGUGCCCAGUGGCAGCCACAUCGACAUGCUAACCAGUACCGGGUCAUCAUCGAGUCACAGCUGAACGGUGAUAAAAAGGAAGUGAGGUUGGGUGGCUCCACGUCCAGACACUGCUUUAAUGACCUCACUCCCAACACGCAGUACAAGAUCAGCGUUCACGCUCAGCUGCAGGACACGGAGGGACCCGCCGUCACCGUCACGCAGAGAACACUUCCUGUACCUACAGCUCCUCCCACCAAACCCACCACCACCACCCCUGUACCCACUUUACCCCCUGCUAAAGAAGUGUGCCGAGCGGCUAAAGCUGACCUGGUGUUUCUGGUUGAUGGUUCAUGGAGUAUUGGAGAUGAUAACUUCCAGAAGAUCAUUGGUUUUCUCUACAGCACAACAGGUGCUCUGGACCAGAUCGGUCCUGAUGGGACACAGGUGGCUAUAGCUCAGUUCAGUGAUGAUCCUCGUACUGAGUUUAAAUUGAGCUCAUAUGAUAAUAAAGAAACUCUUCUGGACGCCAUUCAGAGAAUCACUUAUAAAGGAGGAAACACCAAGACAGGUCGAGCAAUGAAACAUGUUAAAGAUACUGUGUUUACUGCGGUGGGCGGAGCCAGAAGGGGCGUGCCUAAAGUCCUGGUGGUGCUGACUGAUGGUCGUUCCCAAGAUGACGUUCAUCUCAUAUCUCAGGAGAUCCAGACAGAAGGUUAUAUUGUGUUUGCCAUUGGGUUUUCUGAUGCGGAUUACAGCGAGUUAGUGAGUAUUGCCAGUAAACCCAGCGAGAGGCACGUGUUCUUCGUGGACGAUCUCGAUGCCUUCAAAAAAAUAGAAGAGAAACUCGUCACCUUUGUCUGUGAGGCAGCAUCAGCUACAUGUCCAUCUGUACCCAUGAGUGGCAGCACAUUACCAGGCUUCAGGAUGAUGGAGAUGUUUGGGUUGGUGGAUCAUAUGUACAGCAGUGUUAAUGGUGUCUCCAUGAAGCCUGGAACCUUCAACAGUUACAGCAGCUACAGACUAAGCAGUGACAAUCCAAUAACACAACCCACCAGGUUUAUCCACCCGGAGGGUCUUCCAUCCGACUACACCAUCACGAUGCUUUUCCGGCUGCUUCCAGAAACUCCAAAGGAGCCUUUUGCAUUGUGGGAAAUCCUCAACAGCAAUAAUGAGCCAUUAGUGGGAGUGAUUCUGGACAAUGCAGGAAAGACUUUGACCUUCUUUAACAUGGACUAUAACGGAGACUUCCAGGCGGUGACUUUUGAAGGGGCAGAAAUCCAAAAACUUUUUUACGGCAGUUUUCACAAGCUGCAUAUCGCCGUGAGUAAGACGUCAGCUCUUGUGAUGGUUGACUGUCAGUCAGUGGGUGAGAAAUCUAUUAAUGCUGCCAGUAACAUCAGCACUGAUGGUGUGGAGGUGUUGGGAAGAACGGUUCGAUCCAGAGGCUCCAAGGACAACUCUGCACCGUUUCAGCUGCAGUCGUUUGAUAUUGUGUGCAGCACAUCGUGGGCCCGACGGGACAAAUGCUGCGAGUUGCCCAGUCUGAGGAAGGAGUCAGAUUGUCCCGCUCUUCCCCGCGCCUGCACCUGUACACAGGACAGUAAGGGCCCACCCGGCCCCCCUGGAGCCCCUGGAGGUCCUGGUAUCAGAGGAGCUCGAGGAGAUCGAGGAGAACCCGGAGCUGUGGGUCCUGGUGGUCCAGUAGGUGAUGCUGGUGUUCCAGGUCCUCAGGGUCCUCCAGGUCCUCCGGGACCCAGCGGUCGCUCCAUCAGAGGACCACCUGGGGCACCAGGUGAGCCGGGACUGAAAGGUGAUGCAGGCCCUCCGGGUGGUCAGGGUGUUCCAGGCACUCCAGGGUUAGCGGGACGUGAGGGACCCCCAGGACCUCGGGGUCUGCUAGGUAAAGAUGGUCCUCAGGGAAGAGAAGGACCUCCAGGAUCUAUAGGAGGUCCAGGAGCUCCCGGCGCUCCGGGUGAAAACGGCCCUCCGGGUCCCACAGGACACCAGGGACCUCCGGGAAUCCCAGGAACUAAAGGAGAGAAGGGUGAGAGGGGUGAUCUUCAGUCUUCAGCAUCUGUUCAGGCCAUCGCAAGACAAGUGUGUGAGCAACUCAUUCAGAGUCACAUGGCACGUUACAAUUCCAUUCUCAACCACGUUCCCAGUCAGCCGGUAUCGAUCCGCACCGUGGCCGGCCCACCUGGGGAGCCCGGACGACAAGGAUCCCCGGGACCUCAAGGAGAGCAGGGUCCACCCGGGCGACCCGGAUUUCCCGGCAGUAAUGGAGAGAACGGGCAGCCCGGAGCCAGAGGUCCUCCAGGUGAGAAAGGAGAUAAAGGAAGUCCAGGUGUGGGAGUACAGGGACCCAGAGGAGCUGCCGGUCCUCCAGGACCUCCUGGUGAAGGGAGAACAGGAAGUACUGGACCUUCUGGUCGCCCUGGUAACCCCGGUAGUCCUGGCAGACCUGGAAUUCCAGGAACCGUGGGUCCACCCGGACCGCCCGGAUAUUGCGACCAGAAUUCCUGCCUAGGAUACAAUGUUGGAGAAACGGGCUAUGACACCGAGCUGACUGACAGAGAUGUUCCUGUAGUUCAACUGCCACCGAGCGAAGGUGAAGGCGAAGAGGACGACCCGUACGGCAGCUACGGCUCCUACUACCAGCCCAACUAUCCCGUACCCCGUCCCGUACAGCCCGACGACCCCAUCAUAGACGAGGAGGAGCUGCGCUCACCCGGGAUACAGCGGCACGCACGCAGCCUCGCGGGCCGACGCGGACAACAGCCAGACACACGAGAGGCUGACCUGUCGUAACCACGGCGACAGAGAGAGAGAGAGAGAGAGAGAGCACAUCUCAGCUGACUUUCACAUAACAACAGAAUAUAAGAUGAUGACAAACAUCCAGAGCGACGUCUGAUGAGACUUCACAAUCUAAAGUUUUCUGUACUUCAGUCAUAUGUGACCUGGGCUGGUGAUGUAUAUGAAAUAUAUUUACCUUGAUCCUGUUACAGAUAAAAGUCUUUAACUCUUAUGUCUUUUUCAUAAAAGUUUCACAAAAUGCCUUCCAGGAAAAAAAUUUCUGCUAUAUAUAUAUACAUAUAAAUAUAUAUAAAAUGAAAGAACCGACCCUCUCCUUAAAAAAAAUCAUCCUACCUUUAUUUCUUCUCUUUUAUAACCUCUCAAAUAUGGGUAGGAUUCCGCAAAAAUACAAAUUUUGGACUUUUGUUAGAGAUCAGACUCAGAGCAAUGACACACAGAGUUUAAACUGUUUUUGGAUCAGUGGAUGUUUUAGUGUUUUAUAAGUUGGAGAAGAGCGCCACCUAGUGAAUAAUAGAGGAAAUAUAGAUUGCCGUAAAAACUCGAGAGGGAAGCUUCAUUGGUAGGGAAACAUUUUCUCUUAAUUGAUGAGAUAAGUCGUCUACGGCGGGGAAAGAGUUAAACGUCUUAAAUAUCACAAUGCUAUUAAUGUACUUUGUAGUUUUAUAAAGACUUGUAAUGAAUCUCAGCUCUUUUGAGAUGAUGCUUCUUCCUCAAAGACUCGAUGAAAACCGUUUCAGAGAUCGGUCUAAAUAAGUUUAGAGAAUUAAGAGUGAAAAAUGUCAUCACAUCACACUCACAAAAUGUUUCUUAAGAAUCAUUUUUCUUUUUUAUAUUAAACGUAUUAACAUUACUAAUGAAACAUAGAUGCCUCAAUGAGUUUGAAGCGUUUUACUUCUUACAUCAAACAUUUUAAACAUUUGCUACAGUGAUUGUUUAUUAUAAACAUUUAAGUUUCUCUGAAUAAUGUACAUUAAGAGAGUUCACCUGUAAUGUCUUAUGAUUUAAUCUCUCUGAGAUUAUUUUAAGGGUUUAAUGUCUUUAAUCUACAUAUUUUAAAGUGUUGUUUUGACUGAAUAUGUAGGUAAAUACAUUGUUGUAUUGCAUUUAUAAACACAAUGUGGCCAGUUUACCACCAUCAUCUUUUCAGUUCAUCUCUGAAGUUUUUGGCAUCUUUGUUUACCUUCAGAAUUAUUUAUUUAGGUCAUAUUAAGCAUGUUUUUUUAAUGCAGAUCUUACAGUUUACAAGUCUCAUUGUCAUGACAUAUAAAAUAUCCCUAAAGGUUUACAAUGGAUGAUUUUUGAAAGUUUGAUGAAUUAUUGUGCAGUAUUUGAGAUGUUUAUCUGUGAUCACAGAAGGGCUUUAUGUGGCCAAUGCCAAACUUUUUUAUCAAUUAAAAGAAUUUUAUUAUACA